AUGAGUACAUUAGGAAUGAGACCACGACGGGGACAGCACUCAGAUUAUGCAAGUCCCAUAUCGCCACGUGCCAGCACCAACAACACAUGGGAAGAACAACUACCGGGAGAUGCUCCAGAGAAGACCUCGGGACAAGAUGCAUUCAGAGCGCCAGAAUUUCACGACACAGAAGAAGAACACUCACAAAACGCAGAAAGAACGCAAAAUCAGAAACAAGAGGAAGAUACAGAAGAAGCGAUCAACAAAUCCAAAAAAGAAGCAGAAGAAGACGAAGAAAUAAUCCAACAACUAUUCCGAUCAUCACAUCCCGCUCCUGAUCCACACACACAAAAAUCCGUAGAAUGCGCAGAUACAUCAUCAGAAUCCAUAGACGAAAGUGAAGAAGAAAUCAGACAAACAAUCGAGAAUUUCAAACGUCGAGAUGCUACCCGGAGAUCUACUCGAUAUACAGGUAUCGAUGCAUUCCGACCAUCCGCAUUGUGGAAAAGCAAAAGCGACACCCAAGCGCGCGAAAAGAAACUUAGAUCCAAGUUUGGGGGGAAAGCAAAAACAGAGGGGACAAAACAACCACAGUCUAGCUACUUCAAAUUCUGGACCUGGAAUUGGCGCGGUCCAAAGCCUAUAGACUUUAUUCCGAUUCCUCCUCCCUAUCACCCUGAGAAUCUAGAACCGGAAAUCGUAAUUUCGUAUACAUGCGGACAUCGACUUCCCACACGGAUCAUUCCCUCAUCCUCAUCUUUAUAUCCACCUCCAUCACCGAAUUCUCCCUCGCCCUCUCCCUCCACCACCACCGCAAAAUCACCACUCCCUCCACUUCCCUCCUCUCAAAUCGAAAUUCUGCGCGCAACGGCUCAGAAAGAGGGACUUCGUCAUCUCGUUACACCGCAGGAUAGUCUAUGUCCUAAUUGUUUUAUAUGGUAUGAAUGGUUUGUUGGACUGUGUUUAUUGAUAUGUUUUUGGGUUCUUUGGGGGUAUUUCUUUUCGUUUAUAUGGCCGGAGACGUGGUGGGUUUUGAGGAAUGAGAAGGAGGGGUGGAGGUGGACGCCGAAGAGGUUUAGGGUUGUGGUUAAUUUUGAUACGAGUGGGGGUGGGAGGGUUUCUUACUGA